AUGCUGGAGGCCUACGGGGACCUGCCCAAGCCGAGCUGGACGAACGCGGGCAUCUUCGCGGACGUGAGCUCGGAGCAGGACGUCUCGGGGUCAGAGCUCAGGGGCUACAUCCACCAGGGGGCGAUGAAGCCGUACGAGGUGGAGCAGGCGCAGAAUCGGGCAGGAGCUCGCAGCUUCCUGCCGCUCCCGCUGCUGGGCGACGCUGGCCGCCGAAUUCGCGGCAGGUCUUGCAGGGCGAGGCAGUUCGGCCGUGAGAAUCGAAUUGCGUCGGAGGUCAACGGUAUCGUCGAUGCCGUUAACUGGAUGUCGGGGUACGACUCGCUUCCUGGCCCAGCCAAUGACAUGCAGCGGGAUGUACUUGCGCGCUUCGAGGGCCUCGUUCGGGGCCGGCAGCCGGACGCCAAGUUGCAGGAUCCGCAGGCGGCCCUCCGGGAGCUGCUGCGGGGCCGCUCGCCAUACGACGGGCGCAGCGGCCCGACGACGGUCGCCUGCUACAGUGCAGGGCUCGUCAGCAUGCCGAUGGACGUGAGCGGCUGCCCGCGUCUAGAGGACCUCUUGCCUGGCGAGGCCCUUACUUUCCUGCAGGAGCGCCAUGAGCGCAUGUUGCGAGAGUCACCCUUGCCGACUGACGUCGAGCCGUACUUCGACUCGGUCCUCAACUUCAACCACAAGGAGUACCGCGGCCUGGUGCGCCGGCUGCUAUCGGCUGGCAUUCUGGGAUGGACUCUAACACCGAAAGAGAGAAUUGGGAUGUUUUUUGUGUGGAAGGAUGGGCGGCGCCGGCUUCGCCUCAUAGUCGACGCCCGCCGUGCGAACGCCCACUUCAAGGAUCCUCCUGGGGUGGAGCUUUUGAGCAGCGAGGGCCUUGCCAGAAUCGAGGUGCACGUGCCAGACGCGGGCUUCUCGAACUACGAGGACCUCCGCGCCGCGCUGGAGGCGCAGCAGGUGUACAUCGGCAUGGCGGGCGUGAAGGACUGCUUUCAUCGGAUGCGUAUUGAUUCGGCCCUCUCGCAAUACUUCUGCCUGCCGCCGGUCAAGGCUGGGGCCUUCGGCGUGACCGAGGUCGAGGGGGCCAAGGUGCAGACGUCGACGGCCAUCUACCCUUGCUGGCAGGUGCUGCCCAUGGGCUUCAGCUGGUCCCUCUACUUCGCCCAGCGGGCCAACGAGGAGGUCAGGCACUACGUGUACGUUGACAACCUGGGGGUCUUCUCGCUUUUCUCUGAACUCGUGAGCGGCGUGAUGAACCAGCUGACAGGCGAGUUCGCCAAGCUGAGCCUACUGCUGCACAAAGACGAGCUGGUGCCGGACAAGGCAGUAGCGCUGGGCACGGAGAUCGACGGGGGCCUAUUGCGCACUCGUGUGACCAGUGAUCGGUUCUGGCGCUGCCGCCAGGCCGUGCGAGGCCUCCUAGCCCGCCGCAGUGUCAAGGGGUGGGCCGUGGAGGCAGUGCUGGGCCACCUAACCUUUUGUGGCCUCUGCUCUCGCGGCACCUUGUCAGCCUUCAAUUCAGUCUACGGCUUCGUGCGAGCCCGCUACGACGAGGCUGCCGUGCUAUGGGCUGAGGCGCGGCAAGAGCUGGCGGCCUUCAGCUCUUUGAUGUACUUCCUGGAAUCAGAUUGGUGGCUGCCUUGGAAUCCCUUGGUGCAGCAGUCAGAUGCCAGUCUUCACGGCUACGGACUGGCAAGGGCCUUUUGGCCGCGGGAGCUGGUGGAGUCAGUCGGGCGCGUGCCUGAGCGAGCCCGCUUUCGCCGGCGCUGCGCGCACAGUGCCCGCGAGGCUGCGCUCUGUGCAGCUGGAUUCAGCAUGAGCGAGAGUGGAAAAUGGGAACUCAAGGGCCUUCCUGAAGAUGAGGAGGAGCUAGGCCAGUGGGACGUUGUGAGGGACUUCCCGGAGGUGCCCGCCCGGGGGCUCCGCGCAAGUCUGUGGGGGCCCUGCUUCGCAAGAGCCUGGCAGCACCCUGAGGGCAUCCUGACCUUAGAGGCCCGAGCCCUGGUCAGCAGCAUACAUCGUAUUGCCACCACGGUGUUUGAGUCCCACAUACGUCAGUUGCUGCUCUGUGACAAUAUGUCGUCCACCCUUCUGGCUGAGCUGUUGGAGCUCGAGGGCUCCCAGGCGGGCUCAGAGCGGGUUCCCGCCUGGUCCGCACCUGAGCGGGUAGCCGGUGGCGCCGCGGCCCGCGAUGCUGCCUGUGCGCCCCCGGGCGCCAGGCGGGCGUGGCCGCUGCCUCGGCCCCCUGCAGGUCAGACAGGGCGCGAGGCUAGGGGCGGGACGCCGGCGCACACGGCGGCUGGCGCCGUCUCGCCUGAGGCCUGGCCUGGGGACGUCUGCCCAGGGUCAGGAGGCAGGAUGCCCGCGGCAGCUUGCCCCUUUGCCGCCACUCGGCGGGGGCGUCAGCUGGGCGAGUCCGAGCUCCUGAAGACAGCGGUGCAGGGCCGUCUCCUGCCGCUGAGCCUGGAGCAGAUGGCGGAGGACCUGAAGGAGGUGCCUGGGCCAGAUGGGCCCGCUUUGCCGCCAGUCGCGCCGCGGCCGUCGCCGGCAGCUCGGCGGGGGCGUCAGCUGGGCGAGUCCGAGCUCCUGAAGACAGCGGUGCAGGGCCGUCUCCUGCCGCUGAGCCUGGAGCAGAUGGCGGAGGACCUGAAGGAGGUGCCUGGGCCAGAUGGGCCCGCUCAGGGAGCGCGAGAGAGCGACGGCUCCUCCGGCAGCGGGAGCUCCGAGCCCGAGGUCGAGACCAGCGCCGCGCGGCAGCGCAGGCUCGCGCAGUCGCACGGGCGCCUUGCCCGCCACUACGGGAUGACCACUGGCAAGAAGGGGUCCCCUUACCUGGAGAGGGAGGCCGCGUGGAUCCCGCCGCUGCGCGAGUACCAGAGGGCUGCGAACACUGGCGAGGUCAUGGAGAGCAGGGGCGAUUCCAUGGUGAUCUCGGCGUUGGUGGGCCAGCGGACCGGACUGCACCAGACUGGGACUCGCCCCUUCUGGGCCGAGAGGCUGAUGGUUGGCGGCCUGCACUUCAACCCCGACGUGUCGAGCUACGGUGCCCGGCGCCUCCCCCCGGGCUGGAGUUUCUGGACCCUGAGGCUCUUCCCGGAGGAGAAAGGCCCGUGGGAGAGAGCGGGCCUGGUGGAAGUGUCGCUAGAGUCAGACUCGCCCUGGAUGCGCUUCUUGGGCCCUGUGCUGAGUCAGAUGAAAAAGGAGAUGCACCCCGAGUGCCCGUGGAACUUCACGUGCCCAGAGUGCCGCAGGAUGUUCAGCCUGCGUCUCCAAGACCUGCCAGCAAGAGCCGAGUUGGUGCCGUAUCAGGUCUGCCUUUCAAGGGCCUUGGUAUGCAUGGCGAGGAGGUGGGGGCGGCUGGCCGAGUUGCAGACACGCUGGCAGUGGAGAGCCAAGCGCAGCGUCGUCCGCCACGAGAAGCACGCGCGCCUGGCAGCCACGUGGACAGCUCGGAGCCGCACGAUGCAAAGAGUGUUCCUGGUCUGCGGGGCUCAGCUCGCGGACAUCAUUUUGGAUCGCGCCUCGCCGCUCGACUUGCGGGAGCUCGACCGCGUCUGA